CCCGCCGCCAUGGGCGCCUGCCCCCCUCGCCGCCGGCCGCCGCCGGCCCCCCGCCCCGCUGCGUGAGGCAGCGCGGCUGGACGGGCAGCGCUUCGCUCGCAGCCCCCCGCUGCGCUGCGCGGCGGCCCCGGCUUCGGCUCCGGCCGCCACCAUGGGGGCCGCCGCGGCGUGCCGGAUCGCCGCUGCCGGCUUCUUCACGCUGCUUGUACUCCUUGGCACCACUGAUAGCCAGUCGAAGCUGACCUCUGAGCAGAGUGCCAUCAGCCUCCCUCCUAGCAAGUACCGCCACCUCGACCGUGCCACCAACAAAGAGCUGAUCUGUGACAAAUGUCCUGCAGGAACCUACGUGUCUAAACAUUGUACGAAGAGUACCUUAAGAGAGUGCAGCCCUUGUCCAGAUGGGACCUUUACUAAGCAUGAGAAUGGCAUAGAGCGGUGCCACCCUUGUAGAAAACCUUGUGAACUGCCAAUGAUUGAGAAAACUCAUUGUACUGCCUUGAAUGACCGCGAGUGUGCUUGCCUGUCUGGUACAUUUCAGACGAACGAUACCUGCAUCCCUUACACGGUGUGCCCAGUUGGCUGGGGCGUCCGCAAGAAAGGAACCGAGACAGAAGACGUUAGGUGCAAGCCGUGCCCUCGUGGUACCUUUUCUGAUGUGCCUUCUAGUGUGAUGAAGUGCAAAACAUACACUGACUGCUUUGCGAAAAACAUGGUGGUGAUCAAACCAGGGACGAAGGAGAGUGACAAUGUAUGUGGUUCUCCAGCGUCUCUUCCGAAUACGUCUUUGACUUCAUUGAGCACUGAAGUGGGUGAAGAGCCCUAUGAAGUUCCACCAACUACUCAUCUUCCCAAAGGUCUGAACUCUUCAGUUCUCGAUUUUGCCCCCUCUCCAACGCUGCGUGCACCCAGCAGCAUGGUGGAGCCAGCAGGCUACUACAAUGAAACUUUGGCCAAUGAGACGAAUGGUGCCAGCGGGGCCUUUGUGGGCUCCGGGGCCGCCAGCCAGGCUCAGAGCUACCGGCAUAAGCAAACCAGCCAAGCACUGGAGAAGCAGCCAUCUCUGGAGAUGAUGGGCGGUGAGAAGUCCAGCGUCCCAUACAGGCCCCCCCGGCGAGGUUCACAGAAUGUCCACCAGCACUUCGACAUCAACGAACACUUGCCAUGGAUGAUUGUCCUCUUCCUGCUGCUUGUCUUGGUAGUUAUUGUUGUCUGCAGUGUCAGGAGGAGCUCACGGACUCUGAAGAAGGGACCCAGGCAAGAUCCUAGUGCCAUUGUGGAAAAAGCUAUUAUGAAAAAGUCCACCACCCCCACACAGAACAGGGAGAAAUGGAUCUAUUACUGCAACGGACAUGGCAUUGACAUCCUGAAGCUCGUGGCAGCCCAGCUGGGGAGCCAGUGGAAGGACAUCUACCAGUUCCUGUGCAACGCCAGCGAGCGUGAGGUGGCAGCUUUCUCCAACGGCUACGCGGCUGACCACGAGCGUGCCUAUGCUGCCUUGCAGCACUGGACCAUCCGUGGGCCUGAGGCCAGCCUGGCCCAGCUCAUCAGUGCCCUCCGCCAGCACCGCCGCAAUGAUGUGGUGGAGAAGAUUCGAGGUCUGAUGGAGGACACCGCACCGGUGCCAACGCAGCCGCAGUGGCAAGCGCAGGAGCCCUGCAACGAUGACGGAAAGCUGGAAGCUGACAGGUUGGCACUGCCGGCGAGCCCCAGCCCGGUCAGCCCUGUGCCCAGCCCCAGCCCCAAGCCCCCUGAGGCAGCUGUGCUCACGGUGGAGCCCUCUCCUUCAGAGAAGAAGUGCUUCUUCGUGGAUGAAGCAGAGCCCCUCCUGCGGUGCGACUCAACCUCCAGCGGCUCCUCUGCGCUCAGCCGGACCGGCUCGUUUAUUACCAAAGAAAAGAAGGACACCGUCCUGCGCCAGGUGCGCUUGGACCCUUGCGACCUGCAGCCCAUCUUCGACGAUAUGCUGCACAUCCUCAAUCCUGAGGAGCUCCAUGUGAUAGAGGAGAUCCCGCAGGCUGAAGAUAAGCUGGACAGGCUAUUUGAGAUUGCCGGAGUCAAGAGCCAGGAAGCCAGCCAGAUCCUCCUGGACUCUGUCUAUAGCCACCUUCCUGACUUACUGUAGGCACUGGGUCACCAUACACUCUCCAAAUAUCUGCUAGAGCUAGCUUGGCACUCGUUAAGACGACCGACAAUAUGCAAGCAGGUUUUGUUGUAGAAUAUAUGGCCAGUAUUUCCAUUGAGGUGUCCUUUGUAUCUGGAGGGGGGACAGUUUGCCAGCAUUGCACCCCUCCACCUUAACUCUAUCGCUCAGUCCAAGUCUUUGCACCCUCUGUCCCCUUCCUGAGCAUUUCUUCUCCUUGUACUCAUUCCAAUCAGAUCAAUCAAUGCACUUUAAAGAGAGGGAAAAAAAAACAAAGAGGGCAGUUAAUGAACUAAAAGACCACAAAUCUGGUAUGAUUUAACACAUCGAGUCGGGGAUUGCUCUGUCACCCAUUUCUUAUGUCAAAGCUGUUGCUUGGAGUGACCGUCACCCACCACCUCCCUUCGCCUCGGAGCGGUAAAUGGCAAAACCACACAAAAAAACCCCAACCCACCCCAGUUGUUGCUGGUUACUGUCUCUUAACGCAGCUAAGCUUCCCACCUGAGCUGACUUCUCUUUUUUAAUGUACUAUUGUAUGGCUCAUAUCCAUUGCUGAGAUUUUACUAGCCCGGUUAUUUAUUGUACGGUUUUCACCCGGACAAUGCAUCAUUGAGCUCCUAUAAACUAAAGCAGAAGCGCUUUCAAUGCAGAGAAGAGGGUUGGUCUCACCAGCCUUUCAGGUGAUGAAAAGGUCCUUUGCCUUCAGUCGAAUGUAAGGAGCUCUCUUGCCUUGCCGCUUGCGGGAAUGGCGGGGCCUGGGAGGCGAAGGCAGCCGCCGGUGGUCCUGCUCUCCUCGUGUUGUAAGACUUAAACCAAGCUAUGCUUUUACACUCGUGUCUCUUGUUUUUUUAUACAGAUGUGGCCGAUAGGUUCUCUGAAGACCUCACCUGGUCUUAAUAGUCUCUUCAAAUCACACUUCACUUUUUAUUCAAAGAAAAGAGGUUGGGGGGUGGGGGGGGGAAACUGCAUCGUAAGAAGUCUGUCUGAUUAUAUUUGCAACUAUUAUGCUCCCGUAACGAACAGUCUGUACUACGCUCAGUUUAAAGAAGUCAUGAUAUGAGGGUGGCGUGUGCCGCCCUGUGGGGAGGGGUGGGAGUGGGAGAAGAGGGGAAUGAAUUGAAAAAUUGCCUUCCAGUGUACUAAUUUAUUAAUAAAU